AAUUCUGGCUAUAUAUAAUCGCCGAUCGGCGCCGUAAAGCGAAUCAGUUUAGUGAGCCAUCUCAAGAGCUUGGAUCGUCACCUCUUAUUCUGCGAAAUAAGAAGAACCUGCCUGCAGCCAUGAAACUGAUCAUUGCUUUCGCCGCCGUCAUCGCCGUCGUCUUUGCAGCACCCCCGCAGGACUACAGACAGACCGUGGUCGUGAAGGAGACGCCGCUGGACAACAUCGGUCUCGAUGGAUACCAGUUCGGCUACGAGCUCUCCGAUGGCCAGUCCCAUCAGGAGUCAGCUCAGCUGGUGAACGCCGGCCACGAGAACGAGGCUCUCGUCGUUCGUGGUAGCUUCAGCUACGUCGACCCGGAGACGUUGGUCAGGUACACCGUCAACUACGUUGCCGACGAGAACGGAUUCCAUCCCGAGGGAGCGCAUCUGCCGGCUGUCUAAAUCCUGACGAGAGUCCUACCUGAAAACAUCAUAUCUCUGUGUUCUCGCAUUUUCCGUUUGGUCUCGCGCUUAGGUUACGCUCGGAGAAGCUCAAUCAUUUCGAUCUCUCAAUUGUAGCAAUCAUACAUGACACUCACAUGACAAAUCUAGUUAUAAAUAAAUCAAUCUUUAUUUGAUCUUUA